GGGAUCUUGGGGGGUCUUUCGGCAAACAGACGAAGACAUUUUUGGGAUUUCGGCCACUUUUGGCCGAAGGACAGGGGGUUCCAGCGGCUACUCCACGGACGAAACCUGCGUGGCAUAUGGUUGUGCAGCUCGAUCAGGGCACCUGUGCCAACGUCGCUGGCAUGGAGAGGAGCAGCAGGAGAGGCGGGCAGCCGGCCAGGUCGAGCACAACCGGUGGAGGCGGCGCAAGCGCUGCGGCUGAGGCGGUGACGCCGCCACCGCCGCCGGCGCUACUGCCAUAAAUGUUGCCGCUCCCGGUGGCCGACGUCGUGAGUGCUACGGCGGAGUCGGUGCAACGGGUGGUGCGGGGACUUGGAUGGUUGCAGUGCGGGGGGCCGCCCAUCCUGCUCACUGCCUACACGGUGAAGGCGGGGACCGUGCUACAAAUGGCUCCACAGUUAGCCGCCCUGAAGGCUAAGCAUUUGCAGUAUGUGUGCGAUGCGGGUGUGUCGGGGGUGGGGGCUGCCCUGGCGGCGGGGGCCUUCGUGUGCACCUUGGCCCGCUUGUGGUCGCUGAAAUGGGAGAAUCAUCAUAAGGAAGCACUGUGGCGUGUGGCCGCCAACGCUUGCUGGGCGUUUCCACGGCAUGCUAGCGAGCGGGCGCGAGGCGUUACUGUUGACCCGUGUUGGGCGUGUGGGGUGGACAUGCAGGAUGGGGACCGGCGUCACUGGUUUUGGGACUGCACUGUUGCGCUGUCACUGCGGGAAAGUAUGGGGAUGGCUAUGGGUUUCCUGCCGGAGGAGGCUCUAAGUGCCUUCUCUCGUGAGGAGUUGUGGUUAGUGCGCCCGCCUGCGGGGCUUGCGCCACCUGUGUGGGAUGUGGUGUGUCUCGCUGCUAUGUCUGCCCUGGACUUUGGUCGGCAGCGUGUGGUUAUGGCCGGGUUGGCGGCGCGAGCGAAGCUGCCGUCGGCCCGGGUGCUGAGCAUUGGACUUGCCGUCGUAGCUGACUUCUGGGGUCGUCUCCAGACGUUUGUGACUUUGGGUAUCAGGCCAAAGGGUUGGGACGCUGUGCCGUUUGCGCAUCCCUUCAUAUCUCGGGCUGUUGGUGACGGCAUGGUUUUGCGCUUGCCGUAUGACGCUGAUUCCCCGCCCCCCUCGCCGUGAGAGGUUGUGCGUGGUUGGUGGCUCUGUGUGUGGGCAGGAUGCACGUGUGGGCGACCGUUCUAGUACCUGGACGCUUGCGCCCUGGUUAGUGCGUGCGCUGUGCGUGUGUCCUGCGGCCUAGACGUUUCCCGGCACUCCUGUGCCUAGGCUUGUGGCGUUGAGGCACAGCGGUGGGGCUCUGGCGGGUUGAGGCUUGGCUAGGACUCACUGUGCGCGGAGUCACACGGACUUUGCCCGCGGGAGGGUUUGCAGCAAAGUCGGGGUUGGGCCCUGAUAGCAUGUGAUGGCUCGGCGUCUUCGGGAGCUGGGACUGUCCCCUCUGUAACAUCCGCAUCCC